AUGAAUUUUUGUAAAACAGUGUUCAAUGUUUUUUUUGUCUUGUUUUUUAUAAGCAGUUAUACAGUAAAAUGUCAGCUGCGAUUUGCAUCCUUGGGGGAUUGGGGAAAAGAAUCAAAAUCUCAACUAUUAAAUGCGAAAUAUUUGAAACAAUAUAUAAAAAAUGAAAGAGUAACAUUUAUUGUAAGUCCAGGGUCUAAUUUCUUGGACGGAGUAAGAGGAAUGAAUGAUCCAGCAUGGAAAAGUUUAUAUGAAGAUGUAUAUGCAGAAGAAAAAGGAGAUAUGUAUAUGCCAUUUUUCACAGUUUUAGGGACCCGAGAUUGGGCAGGUAAUUAUAAUGCACAAGUAUUAAAAGGUCAAGGAAUUUAUGUACAAAAAGAAGGAGAAACAACUAUUGAAAGAGAAGAAGAUAAAACAGAUUAUCCUAAAUGGAUAAUGCCGAAUUAUUGGUAUCAUUAUUUUACGCAUUUUACUGUUUCAAGUGGACCAUCUAUUGUUAAAACUGGUCAUAAAGACAUGGCCGCUGCUUUUCUAUUUAUUGAUACAUGGAUAUUAUCAGGAAAUUUUCCAUAUAGAAAUAUUCAUGAAAAAGCAUGGGAAGAUUUAAAAUUACAAUUAAAUGUUGCCAAAAAAAUAGCUGAUUUUAUAAUUGUGGUAGGAGAUCAACCUAUAUAUUCAUCAGGUUUAUCAAGAGGAAAUUCUUAUUUAGCAUAUUAUUUAUUACCCUUAUUAAAAGAUGCACAAGUAGACUUAUAUAUAGCUGGACAUGAUAAUAAUAUGGAGGUUAUUGAAGACAAUAGUAUGGCUCAUAUAACAUGUGGAUCUGGUGCUAUUUCUAAUGGUAAAUCUGCCUUAAAAUCUUCCAAGUCUCUUUUUUUUAGUAGUGAUAUAGGUUUUUGUAUACAUGAAUUAACAUAUAAUGGUAUUCUUACUAAAUUUGUAAGUAGCAAAACAGGAGACGUUAUUUAUACGCAUAAAGUCGAUAUAAAAAAAAAAAAAACUUUGGAUAAGGUUAACUCCUUACAAUAUUUUGCAUCCUUGCCAAAGGUACAGCUAACUGAUGUUCCUGCUAGUGGACCUAUGGGAAAUAAAGACACAUUUGUCAGAAUUGUUGGAACGAUUGGUAUACUCAUUGGUUCAGUAAUUGUUUUUAUGGGUGUAUCGUCUUUUUUAUCAAAAAGUAUGAAAUAA